AUGGGCUAUUGUUACUCGUUCAAUGGCAAACCGAUGAAAUGGAAUGAUGCUGCCCGAUACUGCAACGACCAAGAGAAAGUGAUGGCAUUGACCGAAUCCGAUGACGAUCAGACGUUUUACGCUGGUUAUAUCCAGGGCGUUUUGUCUGCAGUACCUCCACAAGGACCACCAGUCACUGGUGUGUGGACGUCUGUACGAUCAGUCCCAAAUGGUUCAGAGCCGGCAUGGGUAUCCUUUCCGGGCUCAUACGUGCUUAAAAAGCAGUUCUGGCAAGUUGGAGAGCCGAAUAUAUAUCCGAAUUACGACGAGGUUUGUGCAUCGCUUCAGCAAGAGUCAAUGUUCCGGAAUUGGAUGUCAGAGUCCUGUGAUGCGCUCAACUACGUUGUCUGCAAAAGAAAAGCAGUCGAUAAAGUAUCGCCAGCGCAGAAUAUCUCAUGCGCAUCGAGUCGAUUUGAGUUUGUCUGUAUGAAUGGUGGCUCGAUCCAAGUCGAAUACGCUUCCUAUGGAGCCUACACUGUGCACAGUGACUUUCCAAGAAAAAAAAAAAAAAAAAAAAAGAAAAUUUGCACAGAUCGAAGUCUGAAGGAAAUGUUUCCGGAAACAUCGUGUCCCGUUGUGGACGAGUUAUUCCUACAGUAUCGCUUCACGUGCUCUGAAAGUGAGCUGUUUCACCUGUUUUAA